GGCGGGGAUCCGCGCGGAAGGUGUCGCUUCUGCGCUGUCUCAAGCUGUGUUUCCCUUGCGCUCUGCGAUGUCCGUUCACUCGGAGUGCUGCUGCCGGCGGGCCUGGCGCCCCGUCGGCUGAUCCGCCAUGCCGCUUGCCAGCUCCUCUCGGAGGAGCACCGCGACCAGCAUCACCAACGCCUGGGACAAGGGCCCAGAAAGAGGUCUCGGCGGAGCAGGGCGGACGCACGCACGGGCGUCGGCGUCGGCGUCGCCGGCGCCGCACCACGCCCCCUCUCCGCGCGGUGCCGUGCCGCACCGGGGCGCCCGGCAGGAGAUGCUGGCCCUCGGCCGCCCUGCCGCCUGGGGCAGCGACCCGGGCGGGCUCUCCGCCUCGGCCUCGGAGCUGUGGGAGGACGUCCCAGCUGGCGGAUCGGGCGCUUCUACACCCCGAAGUGCCAGCGCGUGCAGCGGCGCUCUUGUGCGGGCUGCCUCGCCGGCGUUUGGGCGUCACGAGCAGAGCGGCGCGGGAGACUGGCAUGAAGAAGGUGUCGAGGACAGUGUGCCC